AUGGAUUCGUUGGGUAAUAGAUAUGAGGGGGAAGAUGUGGCGGAUGCUAUGGUUUCGCAUUACAUGAAUUUUUUGGGUGUAGAGAUUCCGGUCCAAAGGCUUAACUCGGAAAAUCUGUUUACGAAUGUUCUUAGCAGUGAUGUUGCGGAUCAUAUGAUUCGUCAAGUUACUCGUGAGGAGGUCAAGCAAGCCAUGUUUAGUAUUGGUGAAGAUAAGGCUCCGGGUCUGGAUGGAUACACGUCGGCUUUCUUCAAGCAUGCUUGGGAUGUUGUUGGUAAUGAGGUGACUAAUGCUGUAUUGCAGUUUUUUGAAAACGUAAACUGGGACUUUUUGGAGCUAAUUCUUACUCGGUUUGGUUUUCAUCAGAAAAUGGUGAAGUGGUUCAUGACGUGUGUAACCACAGUGUCGUACUCCUUGAGUAUUAAUGGCAAUCUUCAUGGGUAUUUUAAGGGCAAACGUGGGCUUAGGCAAGGAGACCCAAUGUCGCCUUACCUUUUCACGUUAAUUAUGGAGGUAUUAUCUCUUUUGUUACGACAAGCGGCAAACAACUCUUAUAAGUAUCAUGCCGUAUGUGCUAAGGAGAAAAUUAUUAAUGUAUCGUUUGCUGAUGAUUUAUUCAUAUUUGUUCAUGGAGAUGUGGUUUCGGUUAGAAAAAUCAAGAAGGCGCUGGAAAUUUUUACUAAUAUUUCAGGAUUAGCUCCUAGUCCAGCUAAGAGUACAGUUUUCUUCUGUAAUGUUCCCCCUUCGACCAGGCAGGAAAUUCUUGACAUUAUGCCGUUUCAGGAGGGUUCCCUUCCGGUCCGGAUUCGUGCUAAGGUUGCUUGGAAAGAUGUGUGUUUGCCUAAAGAUGAAGGUGGUUUGGGUAUUCGAAAUAUUUCGGAUGUUAAUAAAUCUCUUAUGGCAAACCAUAUUUGGAGUAUUAUUACUAACCGGGAGUCUAUUUGGGUGAGAUGGAUUCAUACCUACAAGCUUAAAGGUAGGAAUUUUUGGGAGGUUCCUUGUCGGGGGAGUAUGAGCUGGGGAUGGAGGAAAAUUUUAUCUAUCCGUAAUAUCAUUCGUCCUCACAUCUGGUCUUCUUUAAAGAGUGGGCUACAAACUAAUGUGUGGAGUGAUAUGUGGUGUACGGGGAGCCCACUUAGAUCGUUUAUAACUCCACGGUACAUUACUAAUGCUGGUUUUAACCUUCGGACUACGGUUGCGGAGGUUAUUGAUCCGAGUGGAAACUGGAAAUGGCCUCAAGCGUGGCUUGAUUUAUUUCCAGUUUUAAUCACUGUUUCGGUUCCCAAUUUAGAUCCUAAUGCAGUGGACCGGCUUGUUUGGAAAGAUUUGGAUGGAAAAACAGGCGAUUUUAAAUCGGCUCAUGUUUGGAACACCAUUCGGAGUAGAGAGCAUCACGCUUUGUGGGCAAACAUGGUUUGGUUUUCUCAAUGUAUCCCGAGGCACGCGUUUCAUAUGUGGCUGGCGUUUAGAAAUAAGUUAAAGACACAGGAUAGGAUGGCAGUUUGGGAAGCAGCUCAAGUGUGGAAUAAAGUGAAGGCGAUGGUAAACUUGACGAAUGUGGAUAUUACUUGGUCAUCAAUUCUAACUUGGGUGGAACAACACUCAAGAUCAAAGAAUGUUGAUCACAUUGUGUGUAAGUUGGUGAUAGCAGCCGCUUCGUACUACAUUUGGCAGGAAAGGAAUAACAGGUUGUUUAAUAAUAAUAAGAGGUCGGUAGAUCAAGUCACUGAGAAGGUUAAAGGCUCAGUUCGGUUGCGGCUGAUGGGAUUCAGAUUCCGUGUGAGCUCGGCUAGGGAAAGGAUCUUCAAGGCCUGGCAGAUUGAAGAUAGCAACUAUGAUUUAGUGGAUCCGGGCUAG